CUGGACUACAGAACCCAGUAGUCCCUGAAAAGGCAUAUCUCCGCCUUCAGUCCGCAGCGAACAGGGCUGUUCCAAAGCGCCCCAUGGUCUUUGAGAUGUUAUAUUAGGAGGUGCGCAAACCCUAAGCAGAAACAGUUGUGGGUAGCUUGCAGUGUUAGUGGAACAGGGAGAGAGGCAGAAAGGCAGAUCCAAGACUCUCCGUGGUUUCUUUUUUAGGGAAGGAAUCAGCGCAUCACCUUCCACUUUUAACCAACGGUUUGUCGCUAGCAUUUGCAACCGGGCGAAAUUAAUUUUUUUAAACCCCCCUCCCAAUCCACGUCAAUGAAGGAAAGAAGGCCAAGCCAGAAGCUCACUAAAAACGCAAUGGAUAAUCAAACCGUCAAAUGUAAAAUAGUUGUGGUGGGAGAUAGCCAGUGUGGGAAAACUGCUUUGCUGCACGUUUUUGCCAAGGAUUGUUUCCCAGAGAGCUAUGUGCCCACGGUCUUUGAGAAUUACACAGCCAGCUUUGAGAUUGAAACACAAAGGAUAGAGUUGAGUCUCUGGGAUACUUCAGGAUCUCCCUACUACGAUAAUGUCCGACCACUUUCCUACCCAGAUUCUGACGCUGUUUUGAUUUGUUUCGAUAUAAGUCGCCCGGAGACCCUUGACAGUGUGCUUAAGAAGUGGAAAGGUGAGAUCCAGGAAUUCUGUCCAAACACAAAAACCUUGUUAGUUGGCUGCAAAUCUGAUCUGCGCACAGACCUGACAACAUUAGUGGAACUGUCCAAUCACCGACAGAAUCCUGUGUCCUAUGAUCAGGGUACCAACAUGGCCAAGCAGAUUGGAGCGGCAACGUAUAUAGAAUGCUCAUCGUUGUCAUCAGAGAACAGCGUUAGGGACAUUUUUCAUGUGGCAACGCUGGCUUGUGUGAACAAGCCAAACAAAAACGUCAAACGUAACCAAUCAAAGCGAGCCACAAAAAGGAUUUCACAUGUGCCCAGCAGACCAGAACUAACCACAGUGUCUCCAGACUUGCGGAAGGACAAGGCUCGAAGUUGCACUGUGAUGUGAGGAUGGUGGGGUUUGGGGAACAGUUGGAGACAGUCAGACGAAGUUACAGUGUGGAAUGAAAGGCUUUUUUGACAAAACAAAAGGACCACGUGCAGUGCACAGCAUCAUUUACAUACCAACGUGUCUCAAAUAGCCUUUGAAAAGAUAUCCUCCACCUUUUAUGUGCGGGACCUUGGGGUUCAGCAAGUGGAAUGAUUUGGCCUGAAAAAGCUGGAUAUAGAUGCUGUUACCGGAAUAUGUGAGAAAGAUAACCUUAUGAAUCCUUGGAACUCCUAAAGGCAUACCAGGUCAAAGACUUGAGGGCCUCAUACCAGUAAUAGGCACAUGAGCUUGUUAGGUGGGGAAGGGUGAAAAAGGAAAAAAAUAAACCAGCAAGCAAAAUAACAAUUACACUUCAUUCUUGGAAGUUUUUUCAGGGAUGCUGUAUUUAUAAGGACUUGUGGUGGGGGCAAUAUUGUCCAAAUAAUAUUGAACAUAUAAUGAGCGCUGUAGUUGCACUUUGUCCAUCAUCAUUGCAAAAAUAAGGUCAUUCCAUUGAACACCAUUAAACAAUUGGUUUCUUCACUAAACAAUGCUUUAUGAUUGGUGCAUCAUGAUGCUUUAGGGUGGUAUUAUAUAAUGGCUGGCAAAAGCUUCUCUGUAUUAGGUAUUGUAAACUUAAAUUAUAAAAUGUUUUCAAGAACUGUAGAGCGUCUUACAUUUUUUUUGAAUGUUGAAACUUGUAAGUCCAUUCUAAUGUUUUGGCAGUAUUUAUUGAAGUAUAGUAUUUUUUUUCUUGGAAAAUGUAAUCCAGUAUUGAUGUAAAUUAUUGCAAUAAUUCUUUGUUUUAAAGACCACCAAUUAGAAUUAUUCAAGCUGUUUAUAAUAAGCAGGCUGUUCUGUACCUGAUCACUAAACUGUAUUUUUAAUCUGAGCUUAUUAAAGCUUAUGAUCUAUUA